AUGCCUCCACGUGGCGCUUACCGGCUCGCUGUCUGCCGAUGCGACACUUAUGGAUGUGGACAGCGGCAAUAUAUCGACCCCAAUGGGCAAAAUCAAAAAGGCAAUCGAGUCAAUCACUGUACUUUCAAGGCUCAUCAGCUUUCAGAUCAGCUUCGUGACCUGUCUAUGACGUCGGAAAAUCUGUCGUCAGCCACGCAAGGUCAUAUACCAACGGAGGCCUCCCCUGCUCAUGCUUCCAGACCGGAUAGCCAAAUCCCCAACUCCUCUCGUUCUACUCGCCAAUUUGAAGAUCCAGCCAACAACUUCUCUCGAGGUACGCGUUCUCAGCGUCGUCAUGGACCUGAGACUUCUCACCGAGCCCCUUCCGAGAGCUUCCGCACCGAAGCUGGCCCUAGUAAUCGCCCAUUCCAAGGAUAUCCAGCUGAUACUCGACACCAUGAUAUUUUUGAUACGUCUUCGAAUUUGGAAGACAAAGUGUCCAACACCGAUCCAGUUAUGCUAUUUCCCCUACUAUUCACUGCGUCUCUUGCGGUCUUUUCAAAUUUGUCGGUAAUCGCGACUACUUGGGCUCUGAAGACGCAACGUCAUUAUGUCAAGUUGAUAAAAGAAUCUGGAUCCACGACUACUCAAGCACACUCGAAAUUGAUGUAUACUCAACAGAAGGACGUAGACGAAAUCCCAUCCAAUAUUCACACGGUGUUUUCUAAGCUCAACCUCGAUCCUUGCAUUACUAUUCUCAACACAUGCCCAUCAUACGACGAGGUCGAUGAACCCGAGCCAAGGCCAACAACCGUCCCCGAACUGCAAGAUCUCCUGCGAGACAUGGCAGCCGGAGACUUCGAAGAGCCUCAAGAUAAUUUUUCGGAGUCUGAUGAUCCGUCAACAUCUACACACCCAUCUGCUCCUCGACCUCGUCUAGAAGACCUUGCCUGCAGUACGGACAAUUCGUUCAUGGAUCCAGAUUUCGAAAGUCAAGGUUGGGAGGGCCAGCUUGAAAUUACAUUUCUGAAAACAUUUUGUCGCGCCGGAAAUCUCUCCUCUCUACUAAGAGAUGGAAGACUUCCAGAAGCGGUCAACCCUUAUCGAUCACAGCUAUUGUCAAUUAUUGAACCGGAACCUUUCGUAGCCCAGACCAUCCCCCAACCCGACCCACGCUCUCUGAUCGAAGAUGAACUUUUUCAACAAUUAGUCCAUCGGCUCAACAUACGCAAGUUCAAUCAUCGCAAUUGGAUACCAUCAACAAGAUGGUGUCUUAUGUCGGAAGAAGACGCAUCCGAAUAUUCACCCGUGGUUUCAACUGCAACAUUUGUGCCCCGUAUCAAGCGUGAAGGGGUCAUAUACUCUACUUUAUCUGACAAUCCAGACAACAGCGUUGUCCAGACCCGAUCGGUCCAAGACAACACGGUAUCAUUUGGCUCCUAUCACAAAACCAAACCCGUUUCGAACCCUGGGAAAGCCGGAUAUGCAGGCUUACUUACGUCUCGAUAUUGA